AUGCAGGGAGCCUGGGCGCUGCUGCUGCUGGGCCUGAGGCUACAGCUGUCCCUCGGUGUCAUCCCAGCCGAGGAGGAAGACCCAACCUUCUGGAACCGCCAGGCAGCCCAGGCCCUGGACACUGCCAGGAAGCUACAGCCCAUCCAGACAGCCGCCAAGAACCUCAUUCUCUUCCUGGGUGACGGGAUGGGGGUGUCCACGGUGACAGCAGCUCGGAUCCUCAAGGGGCAGUUACAUGACAAGCUGGGACCUGAGACCCCCCUGGCCAUGGACAAGUUCCCAUACUUGGCUCUGGCCAAGACUUACAAUGUGGACAGACAAGUGCCAGACAGCGCAGGUACAGCCACGGCCUACCUGUGUGGGGUGAAGACCAACUACCAGACCAUCGGCGUGAGUGCCGCAGCCCGAUAUAACCAGUGCAGCACCACACGUGGCAACGAGGUCACCUCCGUGAUGAGCCGGGCCAAGAAAGCAGGGAAGUCAGUAGGGGUGGUGACCACAACCAGGGUGCAGCACGCCUCGCCAGCCGGCACCUACGCACACACGGUGAACCGCAACUGGUACUCGGAUGCCAACAUGCCUGCCCAGGCGCUGCAGGAGGGCUGCCAGGACAUCGCCACGCAGCUCAUCUCCAACGUGGACAUUGACGUGAUCCUGGGGGGAGGUCGCAAGUACAUGUUUCCCGAUGGGACCCAGGACCCUGAGUACCCUGGUGAUGCCUCUCAGAACGGAGUCCGGAAGGACAGGCGGAACCUGGUUCAGGAGUGGCAGGCCAAGCAUGAGGGUGCCCGGUAUGUGUGGAACCGAACGGAGCUCAUUCAGGCAUCCCAGGACCCGUCUGUAACACGCCUCAUGGGCCUGUUUGAGCCAGGGGACAUGAAGUAUGAGGCCCACCGAGACACCGCACAGGACCCGAGCCUGGCAGAGAUGACAGAGGCGGCCGUGCGCCUGCUGAGCAGGAACCCCCGAGGCUUCUACCUCUUCGUGGAAGGGGGCCGCAUUGACCAAGGUCAUCAUGAGGGCAGAGCCUACCUGGCGCUCACCGAGGCCGUCAGUUUUGACGAUGCCAUUAACAAGACCUUCCAGCUCACACGAGAGGAGGACACGCUGACCCUGGUCACUGCUGACCACUCUCACGUCUUCACCUUUGGCGGCUACACUCUUCGUGGCAGCUCUAUCUUCGGGCUGGCUCCAAAGGAGGCGUCGGAUGGCCAGGCCUACACCUCCAUCCUGUAUGGCAACGGCCCGGGCUUCGCAGUGAACGGCAGCGGCGUCCGUCCCAACGUCAGCGAGGACCACAGCAAUGAUCCCAGCUACAGGCAGCAGGCGGCCGUGCCCCUGUCGUCCGAGACCCACGGCGGCGAGGACGUGGCGGUGUUCGCGCGCGGCCCGCAGGCGCACCUGGUGCACGGCGUGCAGGAGCAGCACGUGGUGGCGCACGUCAUGGCCUUCGCCGCCUGCCUGGAGCCCUACGCCGCCUGCGGCCUGGCGCCCCCCGCCGGCACCCCGGGCGCCGCGCCCCCCGGGCCGGCCGCAGGCCCCUCGCUGGCCCUGGUGACCGGGGUGCCGCUGCUGCUGCUGCUGGGGACCGCGGUGCCUUAA